AUGGUCUGUUUUGUCUUCUUAGUUGAUAAUUCAGCAUCUAUGGCGGCCAGAACGUGGAAAGGUACAACAUUAUUAGAUGAAGCUAAAGUAUGGAUUGAUAGUUUUGUGAAGGCUAGAUUAAAAGAUCAGGUGUUCUCAAAAGUUGACAAGUUUCUUCUCUACACUUCUGAAGAGGCAGUUAGACAUCAGAAGGUUAUCCUUAAAGAUUCCGGUUUACUGUUCUUUGACCAACUCCGCCUAAUAAAACCAUGUGGGAGAGCAAAUUUUCCUGGAGCAGCAGAGCAAAUCUUUAAUUACAUUCAUUUGACUAGAAAAUUAAACGGUUGUGAUCGUUUUGGGUAUGGUAGAUCUCCACAAUUAUUACAUGAUACUGUAAUAAUUCAUGUAACUGAUGGCUUAUCAGUCAUUAGAGGAGAAGGAUUAACAAUUAACCAAACAGCUGAUUCACUGCAAGAAUUUUAUGAUCAACCCUUUAGAUGGGAUCAAAAAUUUUUUACUUUAGUAUUUAGAAUAUCUGGGAUUGCACCAACAAAAAAACAAUAUUAUCAAAUAUCAAAUAUUGAAUGUGAUCCUUAUUAUGAACCUUUUUGCCAAUCUGUUGGUGGAAGGUCAUUUGUUAUAACACAUGUAGGAAUGCUUAAUACAAUAACUGAACACAUUUUCCAUCGUGCUGGAUGCGUUGGUGCAUUUGUAAAAUUUGACCUAGCGGGUUUUUCUUUUAGUAAUGAAAUUGAUAAAAAAAAUAUUACAAAAUCUCUAAAAACACAGCCUGUAUUAAUAAGAGAACAUAGAAAUUUAAAAGUAUUUGGUGGUUGGUUAAUUCCGGAAAAUUUUUGGCCUGGUGAUGUGAAGGAUAAAUUUCCUACUAGACCUGUUAAUCCAACAUUAGUUACUAGAUCAGAUAAUUCAUUUAAUUUUACUGAUAGUUUUGACUUUCCUUUUGACAAAUAUGAAUUAGAGCCUUGUUUAUUAUCAAAUAUAAUGUUGAAGACUGUUGUUGAAAAUAGUAAAAAUAGUAUGGGAAAUAGUAAUCCUUCAUCAAUUAGUUGGCCUGUUUAUGUUGAAAAUAGUGGUCCAAGACGAGGAACAGGUGAACCUAUUGGUUUCCUUAAACCAAAUUUUAACCUUUCAGCUAUUCAUCUUUAUCUUGGUCCAUAUAAUUUUUUUGCAUUAGAUUCAUUAAUGAAAGAAUGGAAAGUGAAAGGAUAUAGAUUAGAUGGGGAUUUAAAUACAAAAUUUGAAAGAUAUCUUCGAGAGACACCAAUGUAUUAUCAUAAUAUAUUAAAAAAACAAAUGAAAGCCAUGAAAUUAACAUUACGUUCAUUAGAAGAUGGUAAUGGAUUUACUACAAUGUCUAGUUAUCCUCCAAGAGUAGUUAAUAUUUUACAUAAAAUAAAAGAAAGUGGAAGAAAAGAAAUGGAAGAUGUGAAUAAAAGUGUAAAUGAUUCUUAUCAAGCAUGUGUAUUAAUGAGUCUAGGAUUAAAUCAAAUUCAAAGUCAACAACCAAUUCCAUAUCCAAUAUCUUAUAGUAAACAUUCAAUAAUCCCAUCAUUGUUAGAUGAAAAAAAUGCCAUGUCAACUUCUAUAGGUAAAAUGAUUGAUGCUAUGAAUGCUGUUAAAGAUUUAAAAAAACUUAGAUUUGAUUUUUCUUCAAAUCCUUCAUACUCUCCAUUUAAAAAUAGUCAUUGUUAUAAAAAUGCAUAUGCUUUAAGAAGAAGUGCCAUAGAAAUGAAUAAUAAUAGUACACUACUUGAUCAAACAUUAAAAGUUAUGACUAAUUAUGAAUUAAUUUGCGAAGAAAAAAGUGUAACACCAUUUUGUGGUGGAGUUCCAGGUGAAGUGCCUAAUUUAUGUAAUAUUGAAGAAUGGCAAAGUCAAAGGAUACAAGGUAUGGGUGAUUAUGAUUCAUAUUCAAAUAAAAGAAUUCAACUUGGUCAUAAAAUUAAUAUGCGAGAUCCAUUUGAAGAAAUUAAUGGAAAAACUAAUAAGAUUCAUGAAUUUGGUAAUCCAUUUAAAUCAGAUAAAAAGGCUGUUAUUGAUAUUGAUGAAGUUCCAGAAGAAAAAGAUGAUAUAGAAAAUGGUAUGAAUGGAAGCAAUUUAAAUGGAAAAAGAUUAACAAGACAAGAUAUAAAUAAAAAACGUAAAGGUCCUCUUGAUUUGGAACGUGUUUUGUCAUUUUAUAGAAAACAGAAAAAUGGUAAUUUUGGUAUUAUAAGAAAUGAUGGAUAUAUAAGUGAUGCUAGUACAGAUUUCAGUGAUACAGAAUCUCUUUCAAGUACAGAUAGUGCUUUUAGUUCAAGAUCUUCAAGUCCAAUAGUUGAAAUUGAUAAAUUUAACAGUAUUCUUAAAAAUAGUAACAAUGAAGAAAAUUCUAAUAGACAUAGAACAUUAAUAAAAGAUGAUAUAAAGAAAGGACUUGUAAAUAGUUUUGAAUCAAUGAUGAAAAUGCCUAAACCAGCAUUUAUGAAAACAGUAGAAGAUUAUAAACAAUUAAAAAUGGUAUCAACCGAUGAUGAUUACUUAAAACCUCUAACGCCAGAUGACUUUAAACCACCACCAAUGCCUCCAUAUGACACACCAUCAAAUAAAAUGGUGGUAAAAGACAGGUCCCAAACAUUAAAGGUACAAUCUACAUCUUCAACAGGCGAUUUAGAAACAGUUAACUCAACAUCACCAAAAUACGGGUCUAACACAAAAAUCUCACCAUUAAAUCUUUUAUCAGCAAAACCAUUGAAUAAUAGUAAACGUUGUACUAUGAAAUCUAUCUAUAAUCCGGCAGCAGAAGCAAUAGAAAUAAAGAAAAAGAAACUAUCAACAUCAAUAUUAUUAAAAUCAAUAGGAAAUGAUGAGAAAGGAAAACAAUCAUCAGGAUUGUCAUUAAAUAAUUCUAUUAGAAAACGUCAACUUCAGGAAAAUGAGAUGGUGCAAUUAAAACAAAAAGUAGAAGAAUAUGUAAGAGUUAUAGAUGUUGAUGAAACUUUAUAUGAUAAUAUAAUUUCCUUAUUAAAAGAAACAUCAUCAUUUUCAGAUUUUGAUAUAUUAUAUAAAUUUAGCAAAAGAGAAUUAACCCGUUUUAAUAAACGUACAAUAUGUUCCAAACUUGAAGAAAAUGUUGAGAAGAUUAAACAAAAAAAACGAAAGGUUGAUAGUAGUAAAGUUAAUGGUGUCAAAUGA